AUGCUUAGGAAAAAGCAUGAGACGCCAAAAGUGAACUAUGACCGGAGGGCAACCAACCCUUGCAUCCGGGAGAAUGAGUUCGUGUGGGUGUUCAACCCCGCGAAAAAGAAAGGGGUUAGCCCCAAACUUCAGUUGAAGUGGGAGGGGCCGUUUCUGGUACUGAAGAAACUUUCGGAUGUGGUGGUUCGCAUUCAAAAAUUAAAGGGCGCCAAGCCACGUGUUAUACACGUGGACAGGUUGAAGCCCUACCAAGGAAGUCCGAUCGAUCCAUGGAGUACUCCCAGUAGGGCUCCCUCUUGUGACACCGAGAUCGGAGCAUGCGCUGAGAACGUACAAGGCCAUCUGAAGGAGUUGGAAUCUUCAGAUAAAGACGGUGUAGAAAACAAUCACCUGGUACCCUUGGAUGGUAAGGAUGGAGGAAACAUUCGUCUUGAACCCCUGUACGAUGCGCGUGGAGGGGACAGUCUUCUGGAAACCUCAAAUAAUGAGGAUGAGACCAGUUGUCGUGAGCCCCUUAAGGAUAUGGGCACAGAGAUAAAUACUUGCGCUGAAGGCGUAGAAGAGCAUCCCGAGGAGUUGCAUGACGGGGGUGUAGAAAGUAUACAGAAACCAUGGGGUAGCAAGGAUGCGGCAAGCAGUGUACAAAAAUCCAAAGAGACAAGGAGGUAUCCAAAGAGGGCGCACAGGUUGCCCCUAAGAUUCCGUUAA